GUAUCCGUCUUGGUUAGAUCGUUCUCGUCAACAAAGAAAUAAUGAGAGGAUGAUGAACACUGAUCAUGUGGAUGAGAAGCAAGCUGUAGCUGAUCAAUCCGAUGCCCACAACUCAGUUCCGAGUGCAAGAAGGAGCAUGUCUCUCGACAAUUAUUCCAGGCGAUUCGGCGGAUACACAGCAGAGCACCGAUGGGUGGUACUGCAAAAGAGUAUCAGAAAAAAUGAAAAGGCGUUGCACAAACAUCCCAUUGAGAUCCAAGUUAGAUCAGUUCUCAUGGAUUCCUGGAUCGCUAUCAACCGUGACAUUGAAUAUGACGCGCUGACUGGCAUUUUGUCCGCCCCGGAGCGACGCAUCCUUGACAGCAUCAAAGGCCUAGCGCAAACUGGGGAACUACUGUUAGAGCAACUACAUCAUGUCAAUGUUGUGCGCCGAAAAGAAGAUCAGAUGCCAAUUAGGGAACCGGGAGAUAUAACAAGAGUGCUAGAACAGUACUUUGUUCUGGAAGAGCCUGUACCACAUCUUUCCGAGGAUCCCUUCGCUGAAUUACUUUAUCCUGUUCUGAAAGGUAUGGGCAUAUCAACAAUCGGGGAGUUGAAGAUGCGGCUCGAUCGUGAUGGUGUUGAGCCGUACUGCCAAGAGAAGUUUGCAAGCUUCCGCAAAGAAUUCCCCAUUGAUGGUUCCUUUGAAUCUUUUGUUCUGCCUCGGCUUCUGAAAAGCAUACAGCGACAUGAAGUUAGUGAGAUCUUUAGAAGCCUGGGAUAUCACCCGUAUGGCGCUCUCCCCAGCCUCAUGAGCCUGAUGAAUAGAACCUUAACGUGGGUCAUAGACCGGAAGCGUAACACUAUCCACGCUGAUAUGGAAUAUCCUUGUCUCGCGCUGGUUCUGUGCAUUUAUGUUUGGACAGAAAGGAACGAAAAUCCAGCUCCAGGGCAUUCUAUGUGGUCUGGAUAUCACGAUCACAGCAUUCUCCCUGAUGUGUUAACUGAGCUCUUCCGUGGCCAAGAUCUGACAGAACCGGGGACGUCUAUAAUGUUAACUGGUCUGGCAGAUGUCAUCACUGAAUUUCGUGACGAAAUAAUGUAUCGGAAUGCGCUGCCUACUGAUGCGAACAAGGUUGGCAUGUUUGGAGAUCGACUCGUCAAGCAACCGCUCAAACUGGAACAGGGCAUCAAUAUGUUUUUACGCUACUCCCAGAAUUUGAAGGCCAAUAGCCCAGGUGAUAUGAAGGAAACAAUAAGAAAUGCUUUUGCAGGUGAAGCCCAGACGAUUUGUUCGCGUUUGUUUGAUUGGUACCACAAUCGACUCUCGCUGCACGAAGCUUUCCGGAUUGCCCAUACUACCAACUUUUCGCUUACCGAGAUUCGCGAAUCUAGAGCGUUUUGGGAUCUAUUUGCAAAGAAUACCCUACUGCAGGGAUUUGAAGACCUAAUCGACAGGCGUGGCGAAGCGUUCCAGCCUUGGUUGGAUGGGUUGAUUACUAAAUUUGAAGAGAUACGUGGUGGAAAGUGUAGAAAAUGGCAGCCAGUGAUGUGGAAGGAGGACUCUACUAAAACAGAUGAUCACAAACCUCGUGGUCACCGCAAGACCGAAGUGGCACUAUGCAUUCUAGAUUGCGCCGAGCUGUCGGAAUACCAUGUACGGCUGAGACUUAGCGCCCUCGGUGGUAUGGACAUCAUAUUCCUGCAAAAUUUCAGGUUCACUCUCACGGAAGAAGAAGCAUCGAUUUUGGCAUUUUUGCCGCUUUGGUACUAUCUCGGCAAACUCGAAGUCGAUGCUCAUUCAGGCUUGCAUCUUGUGACGCUAGUUCACAAUGACUUGUGCGGUCCUGUACCGACGUCCAAAAAGCCAAUGUCGCUGGGUCCGCUCUGGAAGGCUAAGACUGAAGCAUCAAGCGAUAACGCGUUGGUUUGCGAUAUUCGGAUGCAUCUCGGAGACUCCCGUCCGCCCAUCUGUCUUCGCCUUCCCAACUACAAACCCGGGGCUCCUAUUGGCAUGAAUCUACUUCCUUCUGAGGACGAUUGGGAACUUGAAGAAAGAAAUAUCGAAUAUGUAAAACAUGAAAAUCAGCCUUUGGAAGAAAACCAGGUUGAAACAGAGGUCGAUCAGAAGGAGGACGAGGUUGUAGAAGGAAGCGAAGGUGAACCGGAGGAUUGGGGGUAUCUUCAAAGAAUCAAAGGCGAAUCAGAAGAUGGGCAACAGUACUGGGGGAAUCUGAAGAAAGCAGAAAGUGAGUCGGGAAGUUCACAAGAUACAGGCGGCUACUUGACAUGGAGCAAAGAUGGACCAAAGAAUAGGAGAUCAAGAGGUGGAUCUAUGAAAGCAAGCAAGGAUGCACUAGAAGAUGAACAUGAAGUAGAAGAUAUGUUCUUCUGGGCAGCAGUAUCGUACAAUCUCGCGGAGAGCGGAAAACGUUUGCUCCCAAGCGCGCUCAUCGACGGAAGUCAAACCAACCGUGCAGCUGAUAUCAAAGUGGGUAAUCACCAUCGCGUAGUGCUGUUCAAACUGAAAGAAACACUUCGGGACCUAGUCUAG